AAGAAGCAGAGUGAGAGAGAGGGGAGGUGGGAGGAGAAACGAGGGAGAGGGGGAGAGGAGGGAGAGAGCAGAGUGAAACCACAGCACAGAGGGAGCUGCAGGAGCAGUUUGUGUACAGGAGCGUGUUUCAUGCAGUGCUCGGCACUCUGCUGCACUCACAUAAGGCUCCUUGGAGAUAGAGGAAUGCAAAUCUGCAACCAUGAUGGAAGGACUGAAAAAACGUACCAGGAAGGCCUUUGGGAUACGGAAGAAAGAGAAGGACAAUGACUCGGCGGGUUCCCCAGACAGAGACGGUGGCUCUCAGAAGAGGUCCAACGGGGCUCCUAAUGGAUUCUAUGGCGACAUUGACUGGGACAGAUAUAAUUCUCCUGAAGUGGAUGAAGAGGGCUACAGCAUCAGACCAGACGAGGAGUCAGACCAAGGAGCCACCUUAAAGAAGUCUCACUUCUUCUCCUCUGAUGAGUCAGAAGAAGAGGAGGACCACCGAAAAAAAUUCAAAAUCAAGAUUAAGCCUCUCCCGUCUGAUCGGGUGGUGUUGGCCCCCUCAGUUGACGAGCUCAAAGCAUCCAUUGGCAACAUAGCGCUGAUGCCGUCUCCUCUGAGACGUAGUCCGGGUUUGAAAACAAACGCCUCCAUUGACGAGAUUCCUCGACCACGACGUGCCGUUCCCAUUGUUCCCAUGGUGACGCCCACACCAGCACCGCAAAACCCCAGCAGUCAACAAGCAGCUGUCCCAGAAGACACCACUGCUUUAUUCGGUCCUCCUUUGGAAACAGCCUUCGGAGAACAGAAACCUGAAGUGGUUGUAUCAGAGUCUGACAUUUGGGGCUCUCCUAUUUCAAGACCCUUCCCCACAGGAACUCCGCCUCCACUUCCACCAAAGAAUGUGUCGACUUCUCCACCGCCGACUGGCUCUCUUUCUACAGACGACACCGAAGUGUCAUCAGAGGCAGAUGGUUCUGCUAGGAAGCCCUCCAUAGCUGACUUGGACAACUUUUUUGGUCCAGAGAAGUCACCCCCUGUUGAUGAGGACACAGGUGACAAGUGGGUCUGUUUCAGCGAAGAAUCGCCAAACCGACCACUUCGACCAACGGACUCUGCACCUACAGGCUCCUCCCCCUCGCCUCCACAAGAACCAUCACCCCCAUUACCAGCCUCCCCACCUCCACCUUUACCAACAUCACCACCUCCUCUGGAAGUCCUUGAACAACCUCGCCCUACCUCCCCUCCUCCAAAAGAUGAGCCUGUGCCGCCUCUACCAAGCUCUCCGCCUCCUUCGGAGAUGCCUGUUGCCCCACCCAUCCCCUCAGGACCUCCCACACCUCAAGACUGUAACCCACUUGCCACCUCUCCACCCCCUGCAUCAAAGGAGCUUGCAUCUCCACUCUAUUUUGUUCCACCGUCAUCACUUCCUCCACUCAACUCACCUUCCAGCAACCCAACAGCUCCUCCUCCCAAAGGAACCACUCCUCCUGUAGUGACUCCUCCGGCUGAUGAAACGGCAACACGCACCAUUCCAGCUCCUCUUAUCCUGUCUUAUGAUGAGCAACACAAAAAUACAGAAGCCACCCAACCCAAAGAGGCUGUGGCUGAAACCAUCACCUCACCCAUAGAAGCUAACCAGAGGAACCAGACUACAGCUCCUCCACCUCCUCCUCCAACCUACCGGGCAGUCGUAUCGUCACCAGGUCCCAUCUCUGGAUCUGAUGGCACAAAUAGUGGCUUCUCUUCCCCAGUGCGGCCCUCCACACCUUUAUCAGUAAGUCCCACCCCUCCUCCACCUCCGCCACGACCCCCCUCAAGGCCGAAACUUCCUCCAGGGAAGCCCGCUGUAGGGGAUGUAAGUCGUCCGUUCAGCCCGCCGAUGCACUCAGCUAGUCCCCCUCCCAUUGCACCGCUGGCACGGGCUGAGAGCAUCUCCUCCAUCUCCUCCACCAACUCCAUGAGUGCCGUCACCACCCCCACCAUCAACAAAGAGCUGUCCGUGUCCGUGUCAGAGAAUGACCAGCCAUCCCUGGUAUGGUUUGACAGAGGGAAGUUUUAUUUAACCUUUGAAGGCUGCUCCAGGGGGCCCAGUCCCCUCACCAUGGGCGCCCAGGACACGCUUCCAGUGGCUGCUGCCUUCACAGAGACGGUCAAUGCCUUCUUUAAAGGUGCCGACCUGAGCAAGUGUGUUGUAAAGAUUGUAGGUGAGAUGGUUUUGUCAUUUCCAGCUGGAAUCACGCGACAUUUUGCCAAUAACCCAUCCCCUGCCGUGCUAACCUUCAGUAUAACCAACUACAGCCGACUGGAGCACGUGCUGCCUAACCCCCAGCUCCUCUGCUGUGACACCACCACGCAAGCGAAGGGUGAUGCCAAGGACUUUUGGGUGAACAUGACAAACCUGAUCUCUCAUUUAAAAAAGGUGGCUGAGCAGAAACCACAGGCGACGUACUAUAAUGUGGACAUGCUCAAGUAUCAGGUGUCGGCACAGGGCCUCCAGUCCACUCCUCUGAACCUGGCAGUGAACUGGAGGUGUGAGUCCACCAGCACAGAUCUGAGGAUAGACUAUAAAUACAACGGGGAUGCCAUGACGACGCCAGUGGCCCUCAACAACGUCCAGUUCCUCGUCCCUGUCGAUGGGGGCGUUUCAAAACUUCAGGCUGUUUUACCUCCUGCUGCAUGGAAUGCAGAACAGCAGAGAAUCCUUUGGAAAAUUCCAGACAUCUCACAGAAAUCUGAAAACGGAGGUGUGGGAUCCUUGUUAGCUCGUUUCCAGUUAAUAGAAGGUCCCAGUAAACCUGCUCCAUUGGCGGUGCAGUUUACCAGUGAAGGCAGCACCCUGUCAGGCUGUGACAUUGAACUGGCGGGGCCAGGAUACCGCUUCUCUCUCAUCAAGAAGAGGUUUGCAGCAGGAAAAUACCUGGCAGAUAACUAACCCGUGAUGAACAGCACUGUGGAACACGGCGGUCCCAAUGGACUUACGUUGACACUGAUGACAGAGGACAGACAAACACCAGACAAACUCCACUAACCUUUUCUGAACCCACACCACAGUUCCACAGCCAGCCCAGCAGUAUUGUAUAACUUGCAUAUAGCAUCGUGGAACUGUUUUAGGUGAUGUAAUUAUUGUAUUUGUAUUAAUUUCAUAACAUCCGUAUUGCUGAAGUUGAGACACCUGGGUUCUUCCCGCUGAGGUCUGUGCGUCUGUCUCCGUGCUCCUCUGAUCAAUGUGUGGUGGUGUUUUUAAAACGUCACUGCAGCUGCCUGACAAGCCGUGGACACAAAGAUCAGUAACGAGCAGGACGUAUUCCCCAAAGUUGUUAAAACGCAGUUAUAUAAAUGUACUCUGAGACCAGUAGGCAGCAGUCAGUGCUCCUGAGCCUGACCACA